AUGAAUAAAAAGAGUAAGAAACCUUCAAUUUUGGCAUAAUUAUAUUUUGAUUUGAUUUAAGAGAUGGACCAUGUAUGAAUAAACAUAAAUUAGAGAGUAUAAUCGAUAAUGAUAUUGAUCAGUCGUAAAUAGUAAAUUAAGAUGAUGCAUCUUUAUCAUUUAAUAUAAUUUAACUCUUUAAAUCAAUAGAUUAAAUGCGUUAAUAAUUGCAGUAAUAAUUAAAUGAGCAUAUUAAGAAUGAUUAUGAAACAGUAAUUUAAAAUUUGGAAGCCUCUGUAAGAAAGCAUAUAAGAACCUAAUAUUAACUGAAUCUUCAGAUUGAAUUACUAAAUAGUAAAAUAGAGGAACUAAUAAAAGAGAAAGAAAUUUAAGGUAAAUAAUAUGACGAUAAAAUUCAUAAAUUACAAUUGUAAUUGUAAGAAAAACAUACAGAAAGUACAGGAAAUUUAUAAAAUAAUUUUCUAAAUCAUUUUUCUUAAUUGGAUUUGAAUACUUAGAAGAAAACACCAUCAGGUUAUGAGAAGAUUAAUAAAUUGAUGUCAAAUAAAUCUUAAUAGAAUAUAUUAAGUGGAAAUGUUUUCUUAAACUAAGAUGAGCGUUCUCUUUCUUAAAGAAAAACUUCUUAUCCUUUGAGGAAAUCAAUUGAUACUAAAUUACUACAAUAAGAUAAUAAGAAAAGAUAAAUUUGCUUUUAAAAAAGCAGACUCUAAUAAUCUAUUGUUAAAUAAGAUUAUUCAUGUUCUUAAACACAAAGAGAUGAAUAAGUAAGUCUUGAUUAAAGAAGGACUAAAAAGAUUAUAUUAUAAUUAAAGGGUUCAAUUCCUUAAUAUAGUAAUUUUCACUUAACUAGAUCUGGUUUGUAAUUUUGA